AUGAGUAUCAACGGCAAUGGAAACGCGGAAUUUUACAGCCAUCAAUCUGACACAGGAGACACUGAGGGGAACGAUACAACGCCUUUGCUGUCUAAUGGUGUGCAGAGGAGCCGAGCCAGAGGCGCCUCCUUUGCCUCCUCUGUUUUUAAUCUGAUGAAUGCAAUCAUGGGCAGCGGCAUUCUCGGACUCGCUUACGCCAUGGCAAGCACCGGCAUUGUUGGCUUUUGCAUCCUUUUGAUACUCGUGUCGAGCCUGGCGGCGUAUUCCAUACAUCUUCUCCUCAAGCUUUGUGACCUGACAGGAAUCAAUUCAUAUGAAGAGCUGGGUGGAAGAGCAUUACAAAAACCAGGAAAAGUUCUGGUUGGGAUUGCGAUCGUCAUCCAAAAUGUUGGCGCCAUGUCAUCAUAUUUGUUCAUCUUGAAGUCUGAGCUUCCGUCAGCCAUUGCCGGCUUCCUGAGUCCAGACCAGUCAAGAGAGGCCUGGUUUGAAGAUGGUAGACUGCUUCUAAUCAUCGUCACACUAUGUGUGGUACUUCCUCUUGCGAUAUUGCCAAAAAUUGGCUUCCUGGGCUACACCAGCAGCCUAGCCUUCUUUUUUAUGCUCUACUUUACCAUUGUGGUUGUGGUAAAGAAAUGGUCCAUCCCCUGCCCGCUGCCAAAAAACAGCACCACGUCUCUAGGUGCAUACCAGGUAUCAAAUUCCUCCGACUUGGAAUGCACGCCUCGACUUUUUAUCCUUUCCAGUAGGAGUGCCUACGCCAUCCCCACCAUGGCCUUCUCCUUCCUAUGCCACACAGCCGUCCUACCCAUCUACUGCGAACUGGACCGGCCGACCAAAACGAGGAUGCAAAAGGUCACCAACGUCGGCAUCGGCCUCAGCUUUCUGGUUUACUUGGUUUCGGCCCUUUUUGGCUACCUCACGUUCUACGCUCACGUGGAAUCUGAGCUUUUGCUAGGCUACGACGCGUACUUGCCACGUGACGUAAUGGUGACGACGGUUCGGCUUGCCAUACUCAUCUCUGUGCUGUUGACCGUACCGCUCAUCCACUUCCCUGCUCGUAAGGCCGUGAUCUUACUACUCCGUGGGGAUCGGCCCUUUUCCUGGCUGAUCCACGUCGCCGCAACUGUGCUCAUUCUAGGAGUGGUGCUCCUGCUGGCCAUCUUUGUGCCAGAUAUCCGAAAUGUGUUUGGAGUAGUGGGAUCGACGACGUCCAGCUGUCUCUUGUUUGUCUUUCCCGGCCUCUUCUACCUCAAGAUUAGCCGCCAGCCUUUCCCCUCUUUUGACUUCAUCGGGGCGCUGAGUCUGGUGGUCUUUGGUUUAAUCAUGGGCGUUAUCAGUUUCUCCAUCAUUAUCUUCACAUGGAUACAAAGUUCCGAAUAG